UUAGAAAUAAAAAAGAAACAGAAAAAUAAAAUUUUGGUAGUGGCAAGAAUUGAACCCUAGAACUCCAAGGCCAAAACACACCUUUAUAUCUAGACUUUAACCAUCGGAGCACCCAACAAUAUAUUGCUCAUUUUGUACAUUAAUAUUCUUUAUAUAUUUUUCAUGCGCUAUAUAUAUUUAAAAAAAAGAGGAGGGAUAGACUUUAACCCCAUCCAUUAAAAAAAGGACAUAGUGCAUUUAAAUAAUGUGUUAUACUUAUUUUUGUUUCCUCUUUUUUUUUUCAUAGUUUGAUCGCUUGAGUCUAAUUUUUCGCUAUGUUGGUUCCGUACUCAUGACUUAAGUAUAAUUCACUUAACUUAACUGUAGUUCUUUUGACAAAAUAUUUUGACAUUAUUUGUUAGAACUACAAUCUUACUAGCACAAAAUAGUAUUUUUAUAGGAAAAUUAAUGAAAUUUUUUGUCUUGAAAAAUGAUAUCAGCAUUAGCCGCCUCUUACAACGAACAUUUCUUAUAGUAAUGCUUUUUCCUAUCUAUUUUUUUUAUAGUUUUAGGGAUUAUACGUACCAGGCACAUAAAAGACUAGUAUACGAAAAAGUCCCUAAGAUAAAAGGCAUUGAGUUUGGUAUUGAUUCCAAAACCAAGAGUGAAGCUAGAAGAUUGGGAGUUGAGGGUAGGUGAGCCGGCUGAUCCCUUUAUUAUCUACCCCUUUUAUCAUUCCCAUACCCAAUUUUCGAUAUUGGGCUCUGCUCCCAUAUUUCUACUUCUCCUCUCUUCAACUGUCUGACCUACCCUAUCAGACACUUUUGAAGAUUGCUCUGAUCUGUGCUGUAAAGAUCAGGUUUUGAGGAUGGAGUUUUUUGAAAGAGCAGAAGCUCAAUUUAUCAUUGGGGUUGCUGUUGCUAUUGCUGCUGCUGGUGCUGCUGCCUACUAUUAUUCUUCCAAGAAACCCAAAGUAUGCUUGGAUCCCGAGAGGUUCAAAGAAUUUAAGCUUGUGAAGCGCACGCAAAUAAGCCACAAUGUUGCUAAGUUCAGAUUUGAACUCCCCACACCUACUUCUGUAUUGGGCCUACCCAUUGGACAACAUAUUAGUUGCAGGGGCAAGGAUAGUCAAGGUGAAGAGGUUGUUAAAGCGUACACACCAACUACUUUGGACUCAGAUGUUGGAUAUUUUGAACUAGUUAUUAAGAUGUAUCCUCAAGGAAGGAUGUCUCAUCAUUUCCGAGAAAUGCGUGAGGGUGAUUAUUUGGCUGUGAAGGGACCUAAGGGCCGCUUUAAGUACCAGCCUGGUCAAGUGAGAGCAUUUGGAAUGCUUGCUGGAGGCUCUGGCAUUACCCCAAUGUUUCAGGUUGCUAGAGCUAUUCUCGAGAAUCCAGAUGACAAAACAAAGGUGCACCUGAUAUAUGCUAAUGUUACCUAUGAAGACAUUCUUUUAAAGGAACAGUUGGAUGGCCUUGCUGCUAACUAUCCUGACCGUUUCAAAAUUUAUUACGUACUGAAUCAGCCUCCUGAAUUAUGGAGCGGUGGUGUUGGAUUUGUGUCCAAGGAAAUGAUUCAGACUCGUUGCCCUUCCCCAGCAUCUGACAUUCAGAUACUGAGGUGUGGUCCACCUCCAAUGAACAAGGCUAUGGCUGCUCAUCUUGAAGCCCUUGGAUACACCCCCGAGAUGCAAUUCCAGUUUUAACUUCCUUUUCUUUUUUGCAUUUUAUUUUUAUUUUUAUCCCUUCAUUGAUAUUUAAGCUCCAUCGAGAAUGCUGUCAUUUACAGCUGAGGAAAGGCACUUAUUAUUUGCUUAUGGUAGACUAUUAGGGCUGUUUAACA